AAUUGAGGAUUAUUUUCCACCAGGGCAUGUGUUUGCGUGGACAAAUGAGAGCGGUUUACUUGGAGUAACCAAUAUGGCCGAGCGGUCGUCAUAUAAUAGCUCGAAUUUGGAAUUAUUGACGGUUGGCAGCGGCUCAGGAAGCGGCGCUAGCGGGACAAGGCUCCACCAGCGGGGGGCACAAGGGGGCCCAUCGCUUAGCUGAUAGAAUGGGCGGCCCAAGUAGUCAGGCGGGCCAGCCUCCGGCCGGAGGCGGGCCCACCUCAUUGUUUAUCCUCACUGAGGAUAACCCCAUUAGGAAGUACACACGAUUUAUUAUCGAAUGGCCGCCCUUCGAGUAUGCUGUGUUAUUGACAAUCAUUGCAAACUGUGUAGUGCUGGCUCUGGAGGAGCAUUUGCCUCACGGAGACAAAACCAUAUUGGCUCAGAAAUUGGAAAAAACGGAGGCCUACUUUUUGGGCAUAUUCUGUGUGGAAGCUUCGCUCAAGAUCAUAGCCUUAGGGUUUGUGCUGCACAAACACUCCUACCUCAGGAAUAUAUGGAACAUUAUGGAUUUUUUCGUUGUAGUGACGGGGUUCAUCACAAUGUUCCCACAAAAGGGGCCCGAAGUAGAUCUCAGAACAUUAAGGGCCAUACGUGUUCUACGGCCCUUAAAAUUAGUGUCUGGAAUUCCUAGUUUACAAGUAGUUUUAAAAUCUAUAAUAAAAGCAAUGGCGCCGUUGCUUCAGAUCGGACUCUUGGUGUUGUUUGCGAUUGUCAUAUUUGCAAUCAUCGGAUUGGAGUUCUAUUCUGGUACUCUGCACAAAAGUUGUUAUAGUUUAGAGGAUAUAAAAAUAAUAAUUAAAGAAGGUGAAAUGGCUACACCUUGUAACUCAGACAACGCAACGGCUGCCCCGGCGGGCGCCUACGUAUGCAACUACAAUCAGAGCACCUGUAUAGAACAGUGGGAAGGACCGAACUUCGGCAUCACCAGCUUCGAUAACAUUGGUUUUGCCAUGUUGACAGUAUUUCAGUGCAUAACUAUGGAAGGCUGGACCGCAAUACUGUAUUGGACCAACGAUGCAUUAGGUUCAACAUUCAAUUGGAUCUAUUUCGUGCCUCUUAUAGUAUUGGGAUCAUUCUUUAUGCUCAACUUGGUUCUUGGUGUUCUCAGUGGUGAAUUUGCGAAAGAACGAGAAAAAGUUGAGAACCGUCAAGAAUUCCUUAAGCUUCGACGCCAGCAACAGCUUGAAAGAGAACUUAACGGCUACGUUGAGUGGAUCUGUAAAGCCGAAGAGGUAAUCUUAGCUGAGGAAAGGACAACCGAGGAGGAGAAAAUGCACAUAAUGGAAGCUCGGAGGCGCGCUGCAGCGAAACGGAAGAAACUCAAAAACUUGGGAAAAUCCAAAUCAACAGAUACUGAAGAAGAGGAAGCUGACGAAGACUGCGCAGAAGACGGAUAUUUAAAAUCAAAAGUGAAAUCGCAAGGUCGCUGCAAGGGAUUCUGGCGAGCUGAGAAGAGAUUCCGAUUCUGGAUUCGACACACCGUGAAGACGCAGUGGUUCUAUUGGUUCGUUAUUGUCCUUGUAUUCCUCAACACGGUUUGUGUUGCCGUAGAACACUAUGGACAACCAAAGUGGUUAACAUCGUUUCUCUAUUACGCUGAGUUUGCCUUCCUGGCACUCUUCAUGAUGGAGAUGUGGAUCAAGGUGUACGCCCUUGGUCCUCGGAUCUACUUUGAAUCAUCGUUUAAUCGCUUCGACUGUGUCGUGAUCAGCGGUUCGAUAUUUGAGGUGAUCUGGUCCGAGGUCAAGGGCGGCUCGUUUGGGCUGUCAGUCCUGCGAGCCCUGCGUCUGCUGCGCAUCUUCAAAGUGACCAAAUACUGGUCCUCGCUGCGCAACCUUGUGAUAUCGCUCCUGAACUCAAUGAGAUCCAUCAUCUCGCUGCUGUUCCUGCUCUUCUUGUUCAUCCUCAUAUUCGCAUUGCUCGGCAUGCAACUCUUUGGUGGCCAAUUCAACUUUCCAGAUGGCACACCAGCGACAAACUUCAACACAUUCCCCAUUGCACUCCUCACAGUCUUUCAAAUACUAACCGGCGAAGACUGGAAUGAGGUCAUGUAUCAAGGUAUUGAGUCGCAGGGUGGACACAAAAAGGGAAUGAUUUAUUCACUAUAUUUUAUCGUUCUGGUGCUAUUUGGUAAUUACACUCUGCUGAAUGUGUUCUUGGCUAUCGCCGUCGACAAUUUGGCCAAUGCCCAAGAAUUAACGGCGGCCGAAGAGGAGCAAGUGGAGGAAGACAAGGAGAAGCAAUUGCAGGAGUUGGAAAAGGAAAUGGAGGCACUUCAGGUGUCCGAUGGUUCACCGCCGCGAAUGGACAUGGGACCAUCGUCACCCACGCGCAAUAAGAGCAAGAAGAAGGAGGAGGAGAAGAAAGAGGAGGAGGAAGAAAUACCGGAUGGACCUAAACCAAUGCUACCAUAUUCUUCGAUGUUUAUUCUUUCGCCAACAAAUCCUAUUCGACGGGCGGCACAUUGGGUGGUAAACUUGCAUUACUUUGAUUUCUUCAUCAUGGUCGUUAUCUCAUUGUCAUCAAUCGCUCUGGCGGCGGAAGAUCCGGUGGAGGAGAAGUCAACGCGAAAUGAAGUUCUAAAUUACUUCGAUUACGCCUUCACUGGCGUUUUCACGAUAGAGAUGUUACUGAAAAUCGUAGAUUUAGGUAUAAUACUGCAUCCGGGCAGCUACUUAAGAGAAUUCUGGAAUAUUAUGGACGCUGUCGUUGUCAUAUGCGCUGCAGUCAGCUUUGGUUUUGAUAUGAUUGGAAGCAGUGCUGGUCAAAAUUUAUCAACGAUCAAAUCAUUGAGAGUACUUCGAGUACUCCGUCCAUUGAAAACAAUCAAACGUGUUCCGAAGCUGAAAGCUGUUUUCGAUUGCGUCGUUAACUCACUCAAGAACGUUAUAAAUAUUCUAAUUGUGUACAUAUUGUUUCAAUUCAUUUUCGCUGUAAUUGCUGUACAAUUGUUCAAUGGAAAGUUCUUCUUUUGUACGGAUGAAAGUAAACACACUGCCGAAGAGUGUCAGGGGUCAUACUUUGUGUUCGACGGCGACGAGCAAUUGCCACGGGCAGAGCCUCGGAUAUGGUCAACACAGAGCUUUCACUAUGAUAACGUGGCGACAGCAAUGCUAACGCUCUUUGCUGUCCAAACUGGUGAAGGAUGGCCCCAGGUGCUUCAGAAUUCCAUGGCCGCCACCUACGAGGAUAAGGGUCCAAUACAAAAUUUCCGCAUUGAAAUGUCCAUUUUUUAUAUCGUGUACUUCGUAGUUUUUCCAUUCUUCUUCGUUAACAUUUUCGUGGCCUUGAUUAUCAUCACAUUCCAGGAGCAAGGCGAAGCUGAGCUGCAGGACGGCGAAAUAGAUAAGAAUCAGAAAUCGUGCAUCGAUUUUACGAUAGGAGCUCGUCCACUCGAGCGAUAUAUGCCAAAUAAAAGGAAUAGCUUCAAAUACAAAGUUUGGCGGAUUGUUGUAUCAACACCGUUUGAGUAUUUCAUCAUGAUGCUCAUCGUCUUCAACACACUCUUGCUCAUGAUGAAGUAUCAUCAGCAAAGCAAGAUGUACGAAAAGUCGCUGAAGUAUCUCAACAUGGGCUUCACGGGAAUGUUCAGUGUUGAGACAGUCCUCAAAAUCAUUGGAUUUGGAGUGAAGAAUUUUUUCAAGGAUCCAUGGAAUAUUUUCGAUCUUAUAACUGUGAUUGGGAGUAUAAUUGACGCCCUCGUAAUGGAGUUAGGAACAAGUUCAUUUAACGUUGGAUUUUUACGACUUUUCCGUGCUGCACGAUUGAUAAAACUUUUGAGACAAGGGUACACGAUACGAAUACUUCUGUGGACAUUCGUACAAUCCUUUAAAGCUUUGCCGUACGUUUGCUUGCUCAUCGCGAUGCUAUUCUUUAUUUAUGCCAUUAUUGGGAUGCAGGUGUUUGGAAAUAUUGCACUAGACCCGGAAACUGCCAUAACAAGACACAACAACUUCCGUUCAUUCGUGCAAGGAUUAAUGUUGCUAUUCAGAUGUGCCACAGGCGAGGCGUGGCCGAACAUAAUGUUAGCCUGUCUUAAGGGAAGACCAUGUGAUGAGCGAGCUGGUAAAGAACCCCACGAAACAUGUGGGUCAUCUCUGGCUUAUGCAUACUUCGUGUCCUUCAUCUUUUUCUGUUCGUUCUUGAUGUUGAAUUUGUUCGUUGCCGUCAUCAUGGACAAUUUCGACUACCUGACAAGAGACUCAAGUAUUCUCGGUGCUCACCAUCUGGAUGAAUUUGUGCGCAUUUGGGCGGAAUAUGAUCCGAACGCAACAGGAAAAAUUCAUUACACGGAGAUGUACGAUAUGCUGAAAAACAUGGAUCCUCCUUUGGGAUUUGGCAACAAAUGUCCCAAUCGCCUCGCCUACAAAAAAUUAAUACGAAUGAACAUGCCACUCGACGCGGAUGGUAAAGUGAACUUCACCACGACCCUAUUUGCACUCAUACGAGAGAAUUUGAACAUCAAAAUGAGAUCUGCCGAGGAAAUGGAUCAAGCAGAUGAGGAACUUCGAGAGACGAUACGACACAUUUGGCCACUGCAAGCGAAGAAAAUCCUAGAUUUGCUGAUACCACAGAAUGACACGCUGAAUCAGGGGAAAUUGACUGUGGGUAAAAUAUACGCAGGUCUUCUUAUUCUGGAAUCGUGGAGAAAUACACGAUUCGGUCAAAUUGAUUCAGGACUUCCGAAACAGUCGUUUUUCAAUUGCCUGCUGGACAUGGCGGCCCUGGAGAAGAGCGGAGGCUCCCGGACGGGGUCCGUGAGCGUCGAUGCGUCCCACGAUGGGGUCACGUCACAAACGCACCUGUUGCACCCUCACGCCCAGUCGAACGGGGACGCCGGCGAACACGUGGGCAAUAGUAGCCUGGCCGCCCUGGCUCGCAGGAGCACAAUGAGGAAGCGAUCGUUCAGAUCCAAAAAGGUACUCGAACUGCAGGACGUUGCAUCGCGGCAACCGUCUUUGGAAUCCCUCACGGGUGAUGGUCAUCUUCAUCCUGGACAUCCAUACAACGGUCACAGAAGAUCUCCCAGCUUACGUGGGGGAUCACCGUUGAUACGGACACCGAGUCCAAGAAGAAGAGGUCAUCAUCUUCACCAUGACAUUGGAUUCUCGGACACAGUGUCCAAUGUCGUGGAGAUCGUGAAGGGUGAACGAAGUCGAAGGCACUACGGCCCUGGAUCCCGAUUUACUCGAGGUUCAUGGUCAGCGUCGACGAGUCCCGCUCGAUCUCCGUCGCCAGCCCGAUACGGUCCCCGCGGGGAUGCUGCCCAUCAUCGGAGUCACCGGAACCAUCUUCAGUAUCCCACGUAUGGGACAACAAGUCUAUGUCAGAGAUCACGUUCGCCGAGUCCCGCUCGACUGAAGGAGAUGCGUGAUCGAUAUAGACUUUUGGACGAUGAAAUGGGAGGAACACACCAUGUUCAACUUAGUUAUCCAGUUUUGGUGCCUGGACGUCGUCGGUUGCCUCCUACACCGUGUAAACCAUCGACUUUGCAACUAAAGCCAACUAAUAUAAAUUUCCCCAAAUUAAAUGCUAGCCCUACACAUACUCACCACUCGACACCUCAUAGUGUUCAUUCGCUGCCACAUUCUAGGGAUUUUCUCCGCGAUCAGCGUGAUUUUUACUACGCAAGUCGCGAACGCGAUCGACUGAGAGAUCGCCCGCGUGAUUACGAUUUAAGGUACGAGUAUCGAGACAAGGAGCGUGAGCGGUACGAGUUGGAGCUCGAGAGGGAGAGAGAAAGAUUGGAAUAUCACGCUCCGCUGUCGUUCGAACAAGCCUUAGCGAUGGGCAGAACUGGCAGAGUACUUCCAUCACCCGUCCUCAAUGGCUACAAGCCAAAAGGUGGCCUCCAUUCGCGCCACUCCGACUCCGACGAAGAGGACUGGUGCUAGCAAAGGCUGAUAAGGCACAGCAACAGUAGGGAACAAAUAUGGGUCUAGCGGUGCGUAUCGUCGCCGUGAUUCCGUGUUAAGAUCAUCAUUAACUGUUAAGGACAACAAGACAACACACACACUUUUUGCAAGAAAACCAAAAGAAAGACAGAACUCGGUGAAAAAAAGUUGACACAAAAGACACGCCGUUUAACUAAAAGAUAUGGUAGGAACAUUCAUCGUCAGACCAUCUCGUGUCCUCUUAAUUGGCGUCUUUAUCGGUAGUGCAUCGAAAUUUGUGAGGAACUUCGUAUGCAAUUGACGCAUCUCAUCACCUGUUACUUUCCCAGAACUAUUGUAAAUCCUUCUUUUAUCGCAUCUCUGUAACAUCUCUACUAUCUCUCAAUAACUUGUUAACUUGAAUAGUGGAGCUAUAAUGGGAGGCGAAAGAACAAACAUGAUAAAUACUUACCAGAAUUACUAAUGUAAAAAUAGGGAAUCGUAUGUAAAUACAUAUCGAUAGGCAAUUCAUUUGAUCUCUGCUAGGUAAAAUCAUUGGACAUAAAGAUUUAAAAUUAGUUUCACCAUUACAAAGUAAACCAGUGAAUAGUGGAAAAUGAAACAUUGUAGAUGGAAGUGUGAAGAGUUUAAUAUCAAGUGUGUAAGCUGCAUAUUAUAAACUAAAUAUUUGUAAAAAUGAUAAUUUUCCAUGCAAUUUUCAAAAUUCUCGCAACAUUUCUAAUUCGAGCCGCGCAUUCCUCUCAUUUAACGAUAUAACCAGUUGUCCACCUAAAUAAUAUCCACUCAAUGGAAAAUAGUGAAGGUUUUCGAUUGAACCACACGAAACAAAUACACAAGAUUGGAUGCUUUGCGGGCGUUGGUUGGUUCAGGGGGAAAUUUCGAGCACUUAUUGUCUACGAAGAGACACUCUUGACGGGAUAAUCUUCCGGAAAAUGUCACAGUGAAUUAGCGUCUGUUACUUUAAGACGAAAACUAUCGACUUAGGAAUUUUUCGUGCGCAAAAUCGUGAAUUACACUUUGCCUCAAUUUGACCCCAAAUCUUUUAUACCCUUUUCUCGACACCUGGCAAAGAUCCGUCCCUUAGUUUCCGAGCAAAAAAAUAAAUAUGAGAACAGAAAACACAUUUCAUCUGCAAUUUGAGACAAAAGAGGUAAACUAAAAUGCAUAAAUUGCCAUUUCGAAACUGCCAGAAGUUGUUCGAACAGUUAAAAUUCGUGGUAUUUUUGCCCUUGGAGAAAAAAAGAGUUUAUUUCUUCGAUUCACAAUUUUUUCUCUUUAGUAAUGUCUUAAGAUAUGACAAGAUAUUUCAAUAUCGCUUCGGAGUAAUAUUUUCCAUCAUUUCACCAAACAGCUGUUAUCGUAAAUAUAUCUUAUCCCACUGCCACAUAUUGAAUAAAUUCUCAAAAGAUGAUUCUUCAUUGCGCAACCAUUAUAUGUUUGGUUAUAUUCUCAAAGUAAAUUCCAAUAUUCACUGCUUCUAAGUAUAUUAAAUAAACCAACAGAAAUAAUAGUAAUUAUUUCUCAAAUGCUUACAGUAAUGGAAAAACAAAAUCGAAUAGAGAAAUUCUCGAGUAUUCCACCAACCAAAAACAAACACAUAAACUUGUCUUAAUAGUGAUUAUGUCACGUAUUAUCAAAAAAAAAACACAAGAAACAUAAAAAGAGGAAAGCAAACAUUAUAAAUUUAUUAUAAUUGACGAUGGAGGUGGAAAAAAAUGAUAAAAAUGACUUCACAUUUAGCGAAAGUGUACAUAAAAUACAGUUUUCUGUGAUAUAAAAAUAUAUAUUAUUAAAAUGAUGAAAAAGAGUAAUUUAAAGUCUAUAAACAAAUUUUAAAAAAAUGAAAUGCAUUCGCGUUAUAUAUGAUAAAGAAAAAUUAACUUAAACAGAUUCAUUAAUUGAAUACAUUUCAGAUAAGAUUGUGACAGAGGAAGUUUUCAUUCAAUGUUACUCAUUGCAACAUUCCAUUUUACACUAUAGAUAAAACAAGAAUAUUCAAAAGAAAAUAACAUGCAGAUGAAUACCUUCAAAUACAACUUAUCGAGAAGAGAACUUCAUAAGAGUAACAAGACGUAAUGCAACAUUGAGAGAAGCCCUUUGAUUAAAUAUAAAAUACCAUUAACUAAUAGAUUCAUCAUUGCGCGUAAAUGUUAAAACUGUACUGUAAUAUAGUAUUUCUAAAGGACAACAUAAGAAGAUGAUGGAAAUGAUGAGGAGGAUACAGAACUUGACAAUUACUUAUAGAGGAGAUCCAAUGAGAAAAGAUCAUUCGCAUUUUUACUACGCCGCUUAGAAGAGUUCAGAGAAGGAAGGCAAUUUCUUUUUUUUAUAUAAAUAAUAAGGAUAAUUAGGAGUGGGACGAAUGAGAAUCUAUUGACAUUAUAGAUGUACUCGUAAAAUGCAUAUUAUUAGAUAAAUAUCGAUACAUAUUGUAAAUGUAAUAUCUCCCUAAAUGAAACCAUGAUAGACAUUUAUAUUGAAUUCGUUGGCUGCUUUUAUGUUGUUCCCAUACAAAGUGACAAAAAAAGAGGAUAAAAAAACAUUAAAUUGGUGUUUUCACAAUACUUUUUCCAUACCAUGUGGGAUUUUGUGAAAAUUGUUAACGAUAGCAUAUGAUGUGAAUGGUUAGAGAGAGUUUAUCCCUGGAUUUUUCACGUUGAACCUUAAUAGAAAAAGAAACUUGCAAAGACAUACCCAUAUUUAUAAUUACCAAACUAAAUGUUGACUACUCGUAAUUUAUGUAAAUUCAUAAUUUUUCGUACUUUGUCUUAAGUAUUUUGCAAAAAAUGUUAGUGAAGAGAUGUAAAAUAAUUUUAUAAUCCUAUGUGCAAAUGAAGGCGAUAGUUUAUUUGAGGUAAAACACACAAGUAACAAUUUUGUAAAUCUUCACCUUAAACCCCUUAAACUCAAAAAAAAGGUACCAUAAACAUUUCUAGCGAAAACACAUGGAAAAACAGACAAUUUUGGACCAGAUCAACUAACAAUUAUCACAGAUGCAAAAGAAUCCUGAAAAUAUGUUUUUCUUAAUCACUUAUUCAAACUGGCGAAUAAUUGUUGAUACAAUUUCAAAGAGUAAUAUUUGUUUUAAAAUAAUAAGAAAAUAGUGUAGUAGACCAAACACAAUGUUUAAGUGAAAAGCCGAACAGAUAUCGUGUUUCACAUAAUACUUAGUAAUCACUUUAGUUUUCAACAUCUUUGAAAAUCAAUGUAAAUACAUAAUUCAGUGUAUGAUUAAAGAAAUAUUUGAAAGAAGUAAAUCAAAUUUAACAAUUUUGAAAAUAAAUUUUUAAGUCUCAUCUCCAUGUCUUUGAGCAUGAAGAAUAUUUUUGAAAAGUCACGUUUUGCAGAGGGAAAUUCGAAAAAAAAAUAUCUGGCAACAUUUGCAGCCGAAUUUUUAACAAUCUAAUUUCUCAUAUUUUUAGUUCUGUCAAAAUCCUAUUAAAUAUUUAAUGUCUUGAAAGAUUCAGGAUACUUUUAUAUUCUCAUUUUCCUUGUUUAUCAUAUUCUAAUCUGACGGAUGAAGAUGAAUUGCAAGAAAUCCAGAGUGUCCAACUGAUAAAAAUAAUAAAGAAAAUAAUUCCUUAAUAAAUUAAUCCAUAAAUAUACUGUAAAUUGCAAUUUUUAUUCAUUGACUCAUCAUGUAAAAACUGGCGCGUCAUAUUUUCAUCGAAUAUUUCAGAAAAUAGUGAGAAAGGAUUCCGAAACCAUAAGAAAAGAAGAAAAAAACUACUAUAACAUAGCAUUGAUGAUGAAGAAUUUCAAAUAUUGUAUUAGACUUUUUAUAAGAUGAAAAAAUUGAAAUGAUGAAAAUCUUACAUAGAUAAUUAAAUAUACCAGAUAAAAGAGAAAAGAAGAAAAAAAGAAAUUUACAUACAUUAUAAGAACCGAGAUGCAACACGUAAUACAAAGAAAUACAGAUUCAUGCAUUACAUUAAAUACUUUUUAAUAAUAUUUAUAUUAAACAAUUAAUCAAAUUUACAUUAUGAUAUAAAAAAAAAGAUGAAAAAUGGAUAAAAAAUCUUAUUAAUUUUCCCUAUUGUCAGAUAUAUAUUUACGGUGAAGAUACAAAUGAAGAGAAUCACAUUUUUGAAAAAUUCAACCUUAACAAACUAAGCAUUGUUGAUUACCCAGAAAGACAUAGUGAAAUAAUAUAAAAUAAAGGUGUACACCUUUGAUUGAAAGAAUAUAAACAUGAAAUGUUGUACGAAAAGAAACUAUUUUUGACUUUAGUACUGGAUUAUAACCAUUGAAAAACCAUCUAUGAAAAAAUUAUUCAUAUUUUCCUUUGUUGCUAUUAAACAUUGACAUACAAAGAAAUGUAUAUCAAAGUUUAUUACUGGUUGAAUUCUUCAAAUAUUUAACAAGAAUGAAAUGAAAGCGAAAUAUAAAGUAAACUAUACCACUAUAUUGGAAAGUGUUAGUUUUCCAAUUACAGAAGAAGAAUAUAUAAAUAUACAUACAUUGCAUAUAUUAUAGCUAAAUCUAAAAAUCUUAUAUGUAAAAAAAAAGUGACAGAAACUGAAUUAUUUAUUAUUGAAAAUGAAAAAAAAGAGAAACGUAAUAGAAUGCACUGUAUACCGGUAUUUGUUAAAUCGCAUUAUUGAAAGAAAGAUGAAAAAAAACAAGAAAAUGAAAAAUUCUUAGAUAAAGUAUGAAAAUGAAAAUUUAUUAUCAUGUCAUCGCUUUCGAAGCCCGUUUUUUAAAGAAAAUAAAGUAUAUGAAAAAUAUAUA